AUGACGGACGCCGAGGGCGUGCAGCAGGAGCUGCAGGACUACCUGCACAAGAAGGGCAUCAACACGCUGUUCAUCAACCUGGUCGAGUCGCUGCUGCUGGCCAAGCCCGAGAACCCCAUCCUGCACAUCAUCCAGUACCUGCAGACCAACUUCCCGGAGGAGGCCACGCCGCGCCGCAAGUCUGGCGGCGGCAAGGAGGACAACCCGGCGGCCUCGCCCAACGUGCAAUACCACUCGGACGAGAGUGAGAGCGAGGACGAAGACGAAGGUGGAGACGCCGUGGGCGAGAUCGCUGCCCCCGUGCCGCCUCCGAAGAUCAUGGCCAAGGGACGACGCACUUCGGUGUCCGCUGAAACCAUCGACCCGCUGAGCGCGCGGCAGUUCGAGCGCGUGGUGCACCCCAAGUCGGCCGAGGAGCGGGAGGGAAUCAGUCGCAUGGUGGCCGAGAACAUUUUGUUCAAGUCGUUGGACGAGAAGCAGCACGACAUCGUGCUCGACGCCAUGUUCCCCAAGGAGUUCGAGCCCGGCGACAUUAUUAUCAAGCAGGGAGACGACGGAGACAAUUUUUACAUUCUCGAGAGCGGAGUCUGCGAGGUCUACAAGGACGACGAGCUCGUACAAACGUGCACGGAAGCUAUGUCUUUCGGUGAGUUGGCACUCAUGUACAACGCUCCCCGCGCUGCUACUGUGAAGGCAGUCCAGCACUCGAAGGCGUGGGCAUUAGAUCGGCAGACGUUCAAAUUCAUCAUCAUGGAGACGACAUUAAAGAAACGCGAGGCGCACAAGGGCUUCAUCGAGCGCGUACCGCUCCUCGAGUCUCUCAGCGAGUAUGAGCGACUCACCGUUGCAGAUGCGCUCAAGACGGAGACGUUCAGCGAUGGCGAGGUUAUCAUCACACAGGGCGAUGACGGUAACCUGUUUUACAUUAUUGAGGAAGGCACGGCAGUGUGUACGAAGCAGCUCUCACCCGCUGACCCGCCCGUGGAAAUGGGGCAGCUCACAUCAGGCGCGUACUUUGGCGAAAUCGCACUACUCACCACUCGACCUCGCCAGGCAACAGUAACCGCGAAGGGCAAGGUCAAAUGCCUCACGCUGGACCGUAAAACGUUCAAGCGCGUGAUGGGUCCGCUAGAAGACAUCUUGAAGCGCAACAUCGACAAGUACAACUCGGUCAUCGCCAACAACAUUUAA